AUGGGCCGCGAGGACCAGGCCGAGGAGCGCGAGGUCCUGGACUCGAUCUUCCCCGACGAGAUCACAGGUGAGUUUUGUUCUGGGUCUGGUUAUUUCUUGAUUUCGCUCGCGCUGACCGAAAACCCGCGGGCAGAUGUGUCCGAGCAUGCAUACAGAGUAUCGAUCAGUCUAGAUCCGCCUGAGUUCGAUGGCGAAGAGGCCGAGCAGCCCGUGAUAUACCUGGAGGUAUCCUACCCAGAAGACUACCCGGACGUGGCACCAGACCUCAACAUCUCCGCGCCGCCCAAUGCCCCCAAGAACGACCGGAUAGACGUCCAGGAAGACCGCGAGCGGCUCCUGGAGGCACUACAAGAAACCAUCGAAGAGAACAUGGGCAUGGCCAUGGUGUUUACGCUUGUGAGCGCGCUGAAAGAGAGCGCCGAGCUCCUCAUGUCCGAGCGGGCGAACGCCGUCCGGGCCUUGCAGCAGAUGGCUGCUGCGCAGGCGGAGGAGGAAGAGAACCGCAAGUUCCAGGGGACGCCGGUUAAUCGGGAGACGUUUUUGGAGUGGAACGCACGGUUUAAGCAGGAGAUGGAAGAUGAGGAGCAGCGGAAGCGUGAGGAGAAGGAGGUCGAGGAUAAAAAGAAGAAGGCGUCGGCGAGAGAGGAGAAGAAGUUGACGGGCCGGCAGUUGUGGGAGCGUGGGUUGGCUGGGAAGGCUGAUUAUGAUGAGGAGGAGGACGAGGAGACGGUGUCGGCUGGUGUUGACAAGCUUAAAGUGGCUUCGUGA